AACGAGAUUUUCCCGCCACGACAGUUACUUUGCUUCAAUACUCGAAUCAUUUAAAAGAAAAUUUAAAUUGUUUCUUCUCUUUGAUCAGAUUUCACAUCUAUCAUCCUUCGAAUCUUCGUCUUCCAUUUUGAUUCUUUAUGAAUUCUCUGAAAUAAAAUUCGAAAAUGUUCCUCCAUAUUAAAUCUCUUAAACCAGCCCUUAUAAAAACUCUCUUCUCUUACUCUUCACUCGCCUCUCUUCUCAACAACAACAACAAAUGUAUACCUGUUUUCACUUGCUACAAUUAUCACUCACAGAUUAUUCAACGGAAAACUAAUGCAAAUUCACAAUAUUUUUCUCCCUCUUCAUCAAAAUUACCCACCAAACAGACUUUUCAAUUACCUCAAUAUUAUGUCUCUAUUUUGCAGUCUUGCAUAGCCCAUAAAGCCCUAAAUCCUGGUAAGCAGCUCCAUGCCCGUAUUUUUAAAUUGGGUUUUGGAUUUAACCUUUAUUUAGCUACUAAAUUUGUCAAUCUUUAUAGCGUUUGUGAUUCUUUACGGAAUGCACAUGUGUUGUUUGAUAGAAUUCCGAAAAGAAAUUUGUUUCUUUGGAAUGUGCUCAUUCGUGGGUACGCAUGGAACGGGCCGUAUCAGGUUGCAAUUGAAUUGUAUCAUAGAUUGAUUGAGUAUGGUCUUCUGCCCGAUAAUUUUACUUUCCCCUUUGUGUUAAAAGCUUGUUCUGCGCUUUCGGCUGUUGAAGAGGGGAGGAAAAUUCAUGAAGAUGCUAUAAGAACUAACUGGGAAACGGAUGUUUUCGUUGGGGCUGCACUUAUUGACAUGUAUGCGAAGUGCAGUUGUAUAGAAAGGGCUAGGGAAGUGUUUGAUAAGAUUUUAGUGAGGGAUGUUGUGUUGUGGAACUCUAUGAUUGCUGCUUACGCACAGAAUGGGAAACCUGAUGAAUCACUAGAGUUGUGUAGAGAGAUGGUUUUGGCGGGUUUUAGCCCAAGUGAAGCAACUCUUGUGACUGCGAUAUCAGCUUCGGCUGAUACUGCAGCACUUCCUCAGGGGAGGGAGCUUCAUGGGUUUAGUUGGAGACACAAAUUUGCAUCCAAUGAUAAGGUGAAAACUGCAUUGGUUGAUAUGUAUGCAAAAUGUGGUUCCGUGAGGGUUGCCAGGAAUUUGUUUGAGCGGCUUAGGGAGAAGAGGGUUGUUUCUUGGAAUGCAAUGAUUACUGGGUAUGCAAUGCAUGGCCAUGCUACGGAGGCGCUAGAAUUGUUUGAGGAGAUGAAGAAUGAAACUCGGCCUGACCACAUUACUUUUGUGGGGGUUCUGUCAUCUUGUAGCCAUAGUGGUUUGUUAGACGAGGGAAGGAAUUAUUUUGAAUCUAUGGUGAGGGAUUACCACAUUGAUCCAACGGUUCAACAUUAUACAUGCAUGGUUGAUCUUCUUGGCCACUCAGGUCUAUUGGAUGAGGCUUAUAAUCUUAUAAGGCAAAUGAGAGUGAUACCAGAUUCUGGUGUGUGGGGUGCAUUGAUGAAUUCAUGCAAAAUCCAUGGAGAUGUAGACUUGGCAGAACUAGCUUUGGAGAAACUGAUUGAACUUGACCCAGAUGAUGCCGGGAAUUAUGUUAUUUUAUCAAACAUCUAUGCUCAAGCAGGAAAGUGGGAAGGAGUUGCAAGGAUGAGAAAGUUAAUGCUUGAUAGGGGAGUUAAGAAAACUAUAGCUUGUAGCUGGAUUGAAGUGAAAAAUAAAACUCAUGCAUUUCUUUCCGGAGAUACGUCACAUCCUAAUAGUGAUGAGAUAUAUGAAAAAUUAAAGUGGUUAGAAGGACGGAUGAAAGAAGCUGGCUAUGUCCCAGAUACUGGAUCAGUUUUUCAUGAUGUCGAGAACGAUGAGAAGACAAGCAUGGUUUGCAAUCACAGUGAAAGGUUAGCAAUAGCAUUUGGACUUAUUAGCACACCGGAUAGAACCAGGAUUUUGAUAACCAAGAACCUCAAGAUUUGUGAAGACUGUCAUAUUGCAAUCAAGUUCAUCUCAACUAUUACGGAAAGGGAAAUAAUUGUCAGAGACGUCAAUCGCUACCAUCAUUUUCGUGAUGGAACGUGCUCUUGUGGUGAUUAUUGGUGAGUGGAACUAGGAGAAGCCUUUCUGAGAUUUCAAAUUAAUGAUUUUUGCUCAUUAGAGCAGUUACAUCUAGUCACUUGUCAGGAAAUGAUUGCUGAGAACUUACGAAUGAAAUCUGCUUGGGAGUAGAUGAUGAUAUGACGGAAGCAUAUAUGCUUGGGAAUGGUUGCUGAUUUGACAGAUCAUAUUUCUUGUAUGAAUUUUUCUGGUUCAUUCACAGCUCCUGAAAUGCAUGGUAUUCAGAAAAUUGAGUCUAGCUUUUCUCUGACUGCUUUUUGACAGAACGGAAGUUGUGGUUGCUCAGCUAUGAGAGAAAAUACCCCAUUGGUAGAAAAGAUUAAUUGAGUGGAGUCUCAUGAAGGAAAUCAAUAAUAAUUAUAGCGAAGGUGAAAGUGAGUGGGAAAUGCACAUCAUUGUCCGAGUGAUAACCUGAAACUUCAAUUUAUUUCAUUUUCUCAUGGUGUUUCCAAAAGGGGAACCCUAUUUCUAAUUGUAUAACUAUGGAGACCAGCUAUAUCUGGACUUGAUAAAUGGUUGUCCUCUGAGGUUUAGAUAUGUUUAAGGAGGUUUUAACGUUUAAGUUAUGUAUUAUCUCUUUCAUUAGAUGGGAAAAACUCUACUGUCAUCAAAAGUAAAUGACAGUAAAAUUACAGAAUGCAGAGAUGCUGAACGCAUGCAUAUUUUAGUGAGUGUAUCAACUAUUUAUCAGCAAGAUGAAGUCAGUUGAAGAUCAGCGAUAAAAGACUUCUUUUCUGUUUUUUCUUUUAUCUUUUGUAGGCAUAUUAUUAAGUGUAAUCUAUCAUUUGAAUGUUUUGAAAUGAGAUUUAAACAAUAGAAAAUUUUGGUUCUUCAAUGUUGUAUUAUGCCUUACA